AUGAAGAAGGGUCGUUUCUGGAUCACCCCUGAUCCCUACCACAACGACGACAACAUCCAGAUCGGCCGUGAGGUCAAGAUUUCCUGCCAGGUAUGCACACACACACACAAACACACAUACACUCAAACACACAGAAACACACACACACACACACCAUCCCCUUUUCACACAUAUACUCAACUCUCCGCUCCUUCCAGGUGGAGGCCACGCCCCCUGAGGAGCUGACGUUUGGUUGGCUGAAGAAUGGGCGCGCCCUGCGUAGCUCUGAGCGAAUGGUGAUCACCCAGACGGACCCUGACACCUCCCCUGGCACCACCAACCUGGACAUCAUCGACCUGAAGUUCACUGACUUUGGCACCUACACCUGUGUGGCUGCGCUGAAGGGAGGGGGCAUACCUGAGAUCAGCAUAGACGUCAACAUCUCCUCCACUACUGGUGAGUCUCACACACCGCCAUGUCAGAGCAGGAGAUAG